GCAGCUACGUUAAGACACACGACUGCUAAGUACCCUCUGCGUCGCGUGGAUUGUAAAGUUCUUACUAUUCCAAGGGGAUUUAGUUCUUUUAACCCCGACAACAUUUUCCUGGGUAGGAUACCUAAACGUAUUGUUUUUGGUCUAGUGGAUACAGAGGCAUUCAACGGAUCUUAUACUACCAACCCCUUCAACUUUAAACAUUAUAACUUGUCACUGGUUGGGGUUUACGUGGAUGGAGAGCAAAUACUUCCAAAACCAUUGACUCUAAAAUUUGACGCUGAUGGUGGUCAGAACUUUAUGGCUGGUUUUCAAACCCUUUUCUUAGGAAUUGGAAAGCUCUCUCAAGAUGCCGGAAACCAGAUUGCUAGAGGUGAUUACGGUUCUGGUUAUACACUGUUCUGUUUCGAUCUAACGCCCGAUGAAUGCUCUGCAGAUCAUUUCCAGCUUAUAAAACAGGGUAAUCUUCGAGUUGAGCUUCACUUUGCCGAGCCGCUCCCAAAGACGGUGAACCUCAUCAUCUAUGCAGAGUCAGAAAGCUUGAUUGAAAUCGACUCCAACAGAAACGUUUUGUAUGAUUACAACAACUAG